AUGGGAGACGAGAAGAGAAGGGCAGUGGAGGAAGAAGUGCGAAAACUAAAGGAGGCGGGGUUCAUCAAGGAAGUGACGUACACAACGUGGCUGGCUAACGUAGUAAUGGUGAAAAAGGCGAACGGGAAGUGGCGGAUGUGUACAGAUUACACAGAUUUGAAUAAGGCAUGCCCCAAGGAUUCCUACCCUCUGCCAAGCAUAGACACUCUAGUGGACGACGCUUCCGGACACAAAAUACUCAGUUUCUUAGAUGCCUACUCCGGAUACAAUCAAAUCCCGAUGCAUUCCCCUGAUCGUGAAAAGACCGCCUUCAUGUCAGAUCGAGCCAAUUAUUGUUACGAGGUAAUGCCGUUCGGAUUAAAGAAUGCGGGGGCCACAUACCAGAGACUGAUGGAUAGGGUUCUCGCCAAACAGAUUGGGCGAUGCAUGGACGUGUACAUCGAUGACAUGGUGGUACGGUCGCCCGAUGAGCAGCGUCACCUGCGUGACCUGGAGGAAGUCUUUGACGAAGUCCGGAGGUACGGGAUGAGGUUAAAUCCGGCAAAGUGCCCCUUUGGGGUAUCCAGAGGGAAAUUCCUUGGCUUCAUGCUGACGUCUCAGGGGAUUGAGGCCAGCCUAGACAAGUGCGAGGCUAUCCUGAAGAUGCCGAGCCCGACGACCUUGAAGGAUAUCCAAAGGUUGGUCGGACGUCUCACGGCUUUGUCCCGAUUCAUCCCGAAACUGGCUGAGCGGGCAAGGCCAAUCAUGAAGAAGAUGAAGAAAGAGGCUCUUAGCAAAUGGGAUAUGGAGUGCGAACAGGCCUUCGCCCAGGUAAAAGAGAUCUUAAUGAACCCGCCGAUAAUGAAUCGCCUGGAUGAGGGAGCGGAGUUGCACGUUUACUUGGGAGUUUCGGACACGACUAUAAGUGUCGUUUUAGUCCAAGAGCUUCCGGCACCAAAGUUGGUGUAUUUCGUUAGCCGCACGCUGCAAGAUGCUGAGACUCGAUAUCGACAGGUGGAAAAAGUUGCUUUGGCCUUGCUCCAUGCCGCACGGAGGCUGCGACCCUAUUUCCAGAGCCAUCAGGUGGUUGUCCGAACUAACCACCCAAUCUCCAAGGUGCUAAGGAAGCCCGACCUGGCCGGACGGAUGGUUGCGUGGGCAAUAGAAUUAUCCGAAUUCGGGAUGCACUAUGAACCUAGGGGUUCCAUAAGGGGGCAACAUCUCGCAGACUUCGCUGCUGAAUUACCACCGACGGGAAACGACCUUUGGAGUUUAUAUGUUGACGGGGCGUUUGGUAAGAAUGCAAGUGGGGCCGGCAUCGUCCUCGAGGGGCCAAACGGUUUCCUUUUGGAGCACUCCCUUCUAUUCAAAUUCAGAACAUCCAACAACCAGGCGGAGUAUGAGGCCCUGGUGGCAGGCUUGGAACUGGCCAAGGAUAUGGGAGCUAAGAAGCUGAUCUGUCGAACCGAUUCCCAGUUGGUGGUCGGUCAGAUGAACGGGAAAUUCCAGGUAAAGGAGGACCACCUCUCCAAGUACUUCCAUAAGGCCUCCGCAUUGAUGUCAGAAUUCGAAGAGGCGGAUAUCCGACACAUCCCCCGCGAGCAAAACACGAGGGCGGACAUGUUGUCCAAAUUAUGUUCCGGUAAGGACAAAGGCCAGUUAACAACGGUUAUCAGGCAGAUUCUCCUGCAGCCGUCCGUCGAAUGCCAUGCGAUUACCACGGAUGCCGCCAACUGGAGGGGGGAGAUUAGGGAGCUAAUGAAGAAACAGGACGACGGAUGCACCCUCCGGCCAGAAGAGACAAAAAGAAUAGCUCGUUUCCUGUUAGUAGGCGGCGACAUGUAUAAGAGGGGAUUCUCUACCCCCCUACUUAAGUGUGUGUCCCGAGAAGAAGCGCAGUACGUGAUGGACGAGCUCCACAACGGAGUUUGCGGAUUCCAUUCGGGGCAAAGAACCCUGAAGGCCCGGAUCCUAAGGGCCGGCUACUAUUGGCCUACCAUGGAAGAAGACUCCCGUAUUUUCACCAAAAAAUGUUUAUGGUGCCAAGCGCACGCCAAUGACCUCCGGGCCCCGCCCCAUCUUUUGCAUUUUAUCACAGCCCCUUGGCCUUUCUCCCAAUGGGGCAUGGACAUAGUAGGUCCUUUCCCGGUCGGUCCAGCACAGAAAAAAUUCCUCUUGGUGGCAAUCGAUUAUUUCACAAAGUGGGUGGAGGCCGAGCCUUUAGCCACUAUAACGGCCGGCCAAGUACAGAAGUUUUGUUGGAAGCUGAUUUGUAGGUUCGGCCUCCCUAAAACAAUCAUUACUGACAAUGGAAGACAGUUCAUAGAUAAGAAGUUGAGGGAAUUCUACCAAAACCUGGGAAUUAAGCAUGUGACGAGUUCGGUCGAACACCCCCAAACCAACGGGCAGGUAGAAGCCGUAAACAAAACUGUGGUGGCGGAGUUAAAAAGAAGAUUGGGGGAGAAAAAGGCAGCAUGGGUCGACGAGCUACCUGAAGUCUUAUGGGGAUACAGGUGUCACCCGCAUGGAACGACGGGGGAAACCCCCUUUAACUUGACGUACAGCAUCGAUGCCAUGCUCCCGGUGGAGUUGGGAGAACCGUCGUUAAGGAGGCAGAUCGAGGAUUUAGCUUUAAAUGAUCAAGAGCUCCGGGUCGAGCUCGACACGGUGGAGGAACGUCGCGACCGGGCGGCACUUCGUGGGAUCCGUCCCUAA